AUGUUUCGGAGGAAGCUUUCUGAUUGGUCAGACUUGGACACCAGUUCCCUGGUAGACCUGGAUAGGGAUGGAUGUGAGCUUCUCGGUGAAUCCCCUGGAUCUGUGCCUAAUGGAAGAGCCGGUGACACUGAUUAUUAUGGAGAGGAAGAGGAUGAUGACGUGGACCCCAUAUUUAUCCCACGCACAGAGAUCUACAGCCAGGACACCAGUGAAAACUUCUUCAAGGAUGGGAAAACCAAGAUUGACUUCAUGCUGGUCUGGGAGGAAAAAAUCCAGUCUUCAAAGAAACACAAGUUAAAGGGCAAUGCCCGAAGUCAGGAGCAAGACUCCAAGGGGCAACAGAGCAGAGCAAAAAAACAAGGAGCAAAGGAACGCUACAGGAGACGUUUUCACCGUAACCUGCUGAAAGCUGGACUGCUGUGUGAGAAGGAACAGACGAUCAGUGAGCGGAGGUCCCUGCACUACCUGAAGCUCAGUGUUCCAUGGGAUGUCCUGGUGUACUAUGCUGAGGAGCUGUGCAUGAGAGCUCCCCUACAGGCUCAACCAAACCCAGACACAAACACAUCGGACAAAGUUCUCCGAAAACUGCGCAUUCCCAACCCUAUGUACCAUUAUGUACCCAACAAACCAAUUGAUUAUUACACCUGUGCCUUCCGCAAAUCCAAGCUGCAGAGAUUUCUGGGCAGCGAGUGUCAUGCCACUUAUUUCACCAACACCCAGAGGAGCAGAAUUCUUUAUGAGAUUCUCUCUCGUACGGUGUAUGGGAAGAGGAAGCAUGCUGAGGUUGGCAUUGAACGAAUGGUAAAAGAAGGAAUAUAUACUGCAGCCUUCCCUUUACAUGAGGGCAAAUUUGAGCUACCUGAGUAUGAGGUGCUCCCUGAAACGCUGAAUCCUCGACAGAUCCUUUACCAAUACUGGUCUAGCUGGUCCCAGUGGUAUAAGUACCAGCCCCUGGACCACAUCCGUGAAUACUUUGGGGAGAAAGUAGCAAUAUAUUUUGCUUGGCUGGGGUUUUACACAACUUGGCUACUUCCUGCUGCUAUUGUUGGAUCCGUAGUCUUUGUCUCCGGCCUAUUGACAAUGAGGGGCAACCACGCAGCACAGGAAGUAUGUCAGAGUGAGCAGAAGUAUCUCAUGUGCCCACUGUGUGACACCUGUAAAACCUGGUACAUCUCUGAGAUAUGCCCCAUGGCCAAGGUAGGAUAUUUGUUUGACCACCCAGGGACGGUCUUCUUCAGUAUCUUUAUGUCCUUUUGGGCUGUCACAUUUCUUGAAUACUGGAAGAGGAAGAACGCAACUCUGGCUCAUCACUGGGACUGUAUGGACUUCCAGGAAGAAGAGGAGCGUCCCCGUCCUGAAUUUGCGGCGAUGGCUCCUCAGAUGGAGCAAAACCCUAUCACCGGAGUGAAGGAACCGUACUUCCCUGAUAGAGAUCGUCUGUCUCGAAUCCUCACUGGCUCCAUGGUUAUAGUCAUCAUGCUCUGUGUAGUGAUGAUUUUCCUGGUGUCGGUUAUUAUGUACCGUGGGAUUGUGAGCAUGACGAUGUACCACACGGGGAACAGCAUCCUCAUGACCCAGGCGGGGAAUAUUGCGAAUAUCAGCAGCACAAUGGUCAACUUAGUACUUAUCCUGCUCAUGAGCCAGGUCUACACUUCGUUGGCUGAGAAGCUGACACGUUGGGAAAUGCACCGCACACAGUCCUUACAUGAAGAUGCCUUCACCUUCAAAGUUUUCAUCUUCCAGUUUGUUAAUUUCUACUCCUCUCCAUUCUACGUGGCCUUCUUCAAAGGACGGUUUGUUGGCUACCCCGGUCAGUACGGGAAACUCCUGGGUAUGAGGAAUGAGGAUUGUGGGCCCGGUGGCUGCCUCAUUGAACUAGCGCAGCAGCUCUUCAUCAUCAUGGUGGGAAAGCAGAUUGUGAGCAACAUUCAAGAAUUUAUCAUCCCGAAGCUCAAAUCCUGGCGACAGAAGAAGCAGCUAGCGAAGGUGAGAGGAACGCAGCUGUCUGAGGAGCCAAAGCGCUGGGAGGAGGAUUAUGAGCUAAUAGAGUGUGAGGGGCUGUUUGAGGAGUAUCUGGAAAUGGUCCUGCAGUUUGGGUUCAUCACAAUAUUUGUGGCUGCAUUUCCUCUGGCUCCACUCUUUGCAUUGUUGAAUAACUGGGUGGAAAUUCGCCUGGAUGCCCAAAAGUUUGUGCGCGAGUACCGGAGGCCAGUAGCCGAGCGGGCACAGCACAUUGGAGUCUGGUUCCUCAUCCUUGAAGCUCUUGCCCAGCUGUCAGUCAUUGUAAAUGCGUUUCUCAUUGCCUUCACCUCGGACUUCCUUCCACGCCUUCUCUAUCAGUACGAAUAUGACAGCAACCUGGAAGGAUACCUCAACUUCACUUUGUCCUACUCACCGCAUAACUAUGUAGCAGCAAACCACACCAUGUGCAGGUACAAAGCUUUCCGUGACGAGAAUGGGAACUACACGUUGUUCUACUGGAAGUUGCUGGCUGUGCGGUUGGGAUUCAUCAUUGCUUUCGAGCACGUGGUGUUCUUCAGCCUACGCUGUAUUGACUGGAUAGUUCCUGACAUUCCUGAAUCAGUGGAAAUAAAAGUUAAGCGGGAGAGAUACCUUGCUAAACAAGCAUUAGCAGAUAACCAGGAUGUUCUACUGACGGUGAGUCCUGGUUCCAGCUCCCCAGCAGCAAGCAGCCUUUCAACCUGCGGCCUGACCUUCUGACCACCUGAGGUGACGAGCCACAGAAAGCCAUC